AUAAACACCGGACCGCGCUCGGCCGCGGUUUCAGUUUGUUUCAGUCGCUUCUACACGCCGGACGUGUCACACGCGUUUUUCACGCUCCUACACGCGCACGCCAGUCACACACACGCACACACACCUGCGUGCACGUGCGAGUACGUACGCCUGCUCUAGCGACUCGCGCGAUUGGCGGCUCUCGUGAGAGAACGGACUUCGGCCAACGUUUCUUCAGUCAAGCGCAGCCGCUCGAGCCCGACGGACGUGCACGUUUGUCUCCGCUCAUCUUCUUCGCGGACGAGUAUUCUGCCGGACCCUGCCUUUCGGAGAGGUUCUCGAGAUUUGCAAAAACAAGUCGUCGAUCUCGUCGAAGACGUCCAAUCGCUCCAGCGCUGUUCGCCGACGGUCACGUGCCUGCAGAGCUCGACGUUUCCCGCGCACUUUUCUCCCGGUGGCCCGCGGCGACGUCCAGUUCGAAACACGCGCUAUCUCCGCCGGCCGACCCACGUGGUACGCCGUCGUAUCGACCAGCGGACGGCCGGCGCGCCGAUUGGCCCGGCCGACUCACGCGCAACGUCAGGUUCGAGCUGCCGUCUGCUGGCAGUGUCAAGUGGACUCGGUAACGUACGCUCGGCGAACAAAGGAUCAUCCGCGGUAAGUCUCUCGCUGGCUCUCCCGCACGGCCCGUCGUCGUAGUUUCCCGCGUCCCGUCGCCUCGUCGAGAUCGCCUCGUCGUUGAACGCGUCGCGCCUGCCGCCACGACGAAUUCGCGCGACGAAAACUCGUCGCGCACGCAGUACUCGAACGGCGGGGGGUGCUUCUCGCGGUGCUCGCUUUGACAGCUCGCAGUGACAGUCGCGCAGCGGAUCGUCGUCGAGUUUUCUCGCUCGUCGGACGCUCUGUCAUCGGUAGCCGAGGAGCCACUUGGGAGCGACGAAACGGGAGGCCCGUCGACGAGACACCACCACGCUCCGGAGAUGCUCGGGUAAAUCGCUCGGGCAUCGGAAAGUCUCGAUUUCCCUCCCCCCGCCGGUUAGGUCUUUCGCACCUCUCUCUCUCUCUCCUUCGUAUCCUCCCCCCCUCCUCUCUCUCUUUUUCCCUUCUUCUCCGUGUGCGUGCAGGAGAGAGUCGCAAGACUGAGAAGCAUAUUAUAUCCUCAUUGCCGCGACCGCGAACUUCGAAUACUCCGCUGAUCGCGUUUCCUCGUUUGGUCGAGUCCCGCGGCCGGUGGUGCGCGGACUUAAGAUGUACAGUAUGAACUACAUCGGCAAGUUCAUCAGUAACUUCCGCGACUUCUACAACGAGAUCAAUGCGGCGACCCUCACCGGCGCAAUCGACGUCGUCGUCGUGGAACAGCCGGACGGCUCCUUCGCAUGCUCGCCUUUCCACGUCCGCUUCGGCAAGCUCGGAGUGCUCCGCUCCAGGGAAAAAGUGGUGGACAUUGAGAUAAAUGGAGAGCCUAGACAGAUUCAUAUGAAACUCGGGGACUCCGGCGAGGCCUUUUUCGUAGAAGAAGUAGGCUCGGACGGGUCCCCAACUGACAGAGAAAUUCCUCCGCAUCUCGCCUGUUCGCCUAUACCGGAUGACAAUUGUUUUCCGCCCUCGCGAUUCAACCUGCUGUCGGAUCUGCCUCCGGAACAGAGGGAGAAAAUUCUCAUCGAUUCGGUUCUUUCCAUCGAACGCGAGAAAUGGGAGCAGAUGUCGGCCUUGCCACCCGAUCAGCGGGAGAAGUUCCUGGUGGAACAGUUCUCAGAUCUCCCGACGGAACAUCGUGAGAAAUGGCUGCAGAUCGCUUCGCUCACCGCGGAAGAGCGGGACGAAAUGUUCAAGGAGAGCUUCGGUACGAUAUCGACGCUGCAGAAACAGCAGAUGAUCCGGGAACAAUAUUCCGCCUUGAAGACCGAGGACAAGGAGCGAUUGUUCAAGGAGAACUUCCCGGAAUUGCCGAUCGAGCAGAGGCAGAAAUUCGAGAAAGCUCUGCUGAGCGACUGGAAAGAAAAAGAGGAGAAAUGGGAAGAGAAACGCGACGUGAAUUCUAAGGACGAAGACGAUGAGAUAUUCGAUAUGGAUGCCAUCAACGACGAAGAGCCCAAGGUGGCGAUGUCGACGCCCAAGUCUUUCGUAGCUGUCACCUCGUCCGAGAGAAUUCGCAAGAUCAGCGUGGUGAAGAACGACUUUAGACCGAUCACGGAUGAUCCUCAGAGCAGCAGCAAGGAAAAGUCCAGCGACGAGUCGAACCCGUCCCUGAGCAAGAAGAACUCGAAGGAGGAGAACGUCGAGGAGGUGAAGAGUAGUGGUAACAGUUCCACCAAGAGGAAACGCAAGAGGAAGAGUAUCAUGAAGAAGAAAGGAUCACAGAGGAAGACUAGCAACGGCAGCAGCAGCCAGACGGAAAUGAGCGAAACCGAUGUGCUUGUUACCGAAGAGUCGGUCAAUGAAACCAUACUGAAGGGUCCUACUCCGGUGUCAGAAAUCGAGAAGAAAGGUGCAGAAAUUGCUACGUCCGCUCACGAUACGCCCGUCGAGAUACGCCCUGAAACCGACUUUCACUUCUUCAGCGACACGGAAGUCACCAAGAAUCAAGAAUCCAGACCGUCCUCGCCUGUUCAGUCGGACACUGAAUUUGAGAUGCGCAAGAUCACGCAGGAGGGCAGCGAGCGGGAGGACGACAAGAGUCAUCAGCAGAGCUGGAGAUGGGGUGAACUGCCUAGUCCACCUCCGGAGCCGGCGCAUAUGUCGCACAGGAACUCGUUGAGCUCCUCGGCGACGGCCAGUCAGCCGAACAAUGCAGAUGCACACCGAUCUAUGCUCAGUGGCAUGUUCUCCUUUAUGAAGAAGACCUCUCGCGUAAGACACAAUCCGGAAUCAGAGGGAAUUUAUCUUAGCGAUCUUAAUGCCGACGAGCUGGAUCCCGAAGUUGCGGCACUUUACUUUCCCUCCUCGCAUCGAGGCCCGACGGUAGUUAAAGAUGGAAAAACAGUCGAUGAAGAAGAUACGGAAUCAGGUAACGGACCGAGCUUACCUCAGAGCCCCAAUAGCGUUGAGGGAGCUAUCGGUGGGCCGAAGUCGGUGGAUAGCGAUUUCGAGGAACCAAAGCACUCGAUAUUCGAUAACAAUGUUGAGAUCAGUCUGUCCCUGUGCGGUGGUUUGGACAGCGAGAACGGACCGUCCAAGGAGGCUUUCCACGAGAAUUUACUGCAGUUCGAGGACGUUUGUGCCGAUCCAAAGUUGUACGAGAAUCCGAGCUUGGUCGUGAAAAUCAAUGGGAAAUUCUACAACUGGAGCACAGCCUGCUCGAUAGUAAUGACUUACGCCGUUUUCCAAAGGCACCUACCGCAGAGCGCGAUCGAAAAUCUGUACACGCAGUACAUGUCGUUGCCGGUGCACGAAGACAAGAAACAGCAGAACAGCGGCAAGCCCGAAAGCCGUAGUGGAUACAGCUCGUGGUUCUCUUGGAGACGUUCCACGCAACCUACUAAAAAAUCGCAAGAUAUUAGUCAAACUGAUGGGAUUGUCGUGCAGACGUCCGAACAAUCUCUGGAAGCCAAGUCUGCGACGAAUGAAGAAAUAUCUUCUACUAACAGGGAAAUAAAGACUGAGCAAACAGUGGACUCGUCGAACACGGCCGAAGUGAUGGAAACCUGUCCGAGAUUGGCAACCGUAAGCAAAGAAACCGCGCUCACGAAGACUGAGAAGACGCGUGAGAGAGAAGGCGAAGGCUACAGUGGCAGCGAGGAUUCUGACAGCAAUCAGAACGAGCCACCUGGCGUAAAGAUGCCCAUGGAAAGAAGACCAUACUACGAGUCCACGGAGAAGUAUCGUAAAACUUUACGACUUUCGUCCGAGCAGAUAGCGAGCCUUGGUCUUAAGGACGGUCCUAACGAAGUGGUCUUCAGCGUGACCACUGCUUACCAGGGUACAACGCGCUGCAAGUGUCACAUUUACAAGUGGAAGUGGGACGACAAGAUCGUCAUCUCCGAUAUCGACGGCACUAUCACAAAAUCCGACGUAUUGGGCCAUAUUCUGCCGAUAGUGGGCAAAGACUGGGCCCAGUCCGGAGUCGCUCAGCUGUUCACGAAGAUAAAAAACAACGGCUACAAACUGCUCUAUCUUUCAGCGAGGGCGAUCGGCCAGGCUAAGGUUACCAGGGAAUACCUAAAGAGCAUAAGGCAAGGGGAUUUGUCAUUGCCGGAAGGCCCCUUGCUCUUGAACCCUACUAGCUUAAUCUCGGCGUUUCAUCGUGAAGUGAUCGAGAAGAAACCGGAAGAGUUCAAGAUCUCAUGUCUCAGCGACAUUCAGGCGUUGUUCCCUGAGGAUUCUAAACCGUUUUAUGCUGGAUACGGGAAUCGAAUUAACGACGUAUGGGCGUAUCGAGCAGUAGGCAUUCCCACAAUGCGGAUCUUCACUAUAAAUCACCGAGGAGAAUUGAAGCACGAGCUGACACAAACAUUCCAAUCCUCAUAUUCGAACAUGAGUUUCAUCGUCGAUCACCUGUUCCCGGCAUGGCGCGAGGACGCGGCCGACGAGUUCAGUAACUUCUCAUAUUGGCGGGAGCCAAUUCCGGAAGUACCGAUGCUCGAGGACCUUUAACCCUCAGACCGAAGCCACUCGGGGGACUCGCCUACUAUUCCGCAACCAGUCAUUCGCUUGUACCACGAACCAUCGUCGUCAUAUUUAAGCUAACUUUUAUACCCUGCGCAUUGACCGUUAGUGGCCUUGACGAGUGUGAUUGUCCAAUGCGACGCGUUAUCAGGAGUUACCUCGGGAAUGCGAGCGGAUUUAUUUCACCACGCGGAGGCAUUAUAACACACGUGAACAAAUUUUAACCAACCAAUCGCGCAGUCCAUCACUCUUUGGACAGUGGAGGAGGAACAUUUGAUUGUUCGGCUUGGACUUAAUUCACUCACUGUUUUACGACUAAAGUUUUUUCACGUGCAAAAUGGCCUUUACUCGAACUUGCGUCGGAUGUUGAGCUUCGUAUUCGGAUGUGAUGCCGGUUCUCGUCAACGCCGAUUAAACCUUAACCUGGAUUUAAACUCUCCUUGGACAGACUUAAGCCUUAGAUUAAGACUUAAUCGGCGUUGAUAGAAACGGAUGUGAGCGGUUAAGCGUGUCAUCUGGAUAUUGUUUAAGUAAUACUUUUGUAGACGGUCUAAAGGGUAAAAAAUUUAUUCGCGCUGUAUCUUACGGACAUUCCAGCUUCGUUGCACACUCAGGUAACAGACAGAAGCAAAACAUUGCGUUGGAAUAUACUUGGUUGCAUAUAUUCGAUAUUAUUAAUUGGAUCUAAUCACACCAGUCAAUGUACACAGCGUGCCUAGUGAUUAGAUAUACGAUAUAAGCAAAUGCUUCGGAUUAACUCAAGCAAAUCUUGUAUACACACACUGCGCUUGAUGAGAUCAAUUCAAGCUCUUAUAAGCGAUACGAUCAAGUCGGCAUUGAAUACACUUUGGAGCAUUGAUAGCCAGGUAAAAUUUCGAACGAUCUUAUGCACGCCCGGCAUCAUCUAUAUAUCUCAUUCUCACAGUGGACAUUCUCAUUAUGCUAGAAAGAGAGAGAGAGAGAGCCUCGCUUAUCACCACACAAUUCACACACACAUACACACACACACGCAACUUUUAUACAAGCAAUCUAAUUGUCUACGUACAUGCUGUGAAUUUUCUACAUUGAGCUGCGUUGGAACUUUGCUUACUGUAAUUGGUGAUAGAGAGAGGGGAGAGAGAGAAGGGGGGAGGGAGGAGAGUAUUGUCACGAUUAUAAUGUAAGAUAUACUAGCAGGUGGCAGUUAGCAGGAGGAAUAUUUAUAUGUCGUUUACGUUCCCUAUUUUUAUUCAGAGAGUCGUAAUUUAUUUUUGUAUGAGAUCUCUAUUAAGUUAGCGUGCUGUGAAAUCGCCAUAUUUGAAAGGAUGAUAUAUCAUUUGCAUUGUGAUAUUUCUGAUCAAUUUAGGGCUUACACAAAGUAGGUUAUGUGUACGGACAUGGACAUUUCCUUUAUGAGGCGUUAACAUGGUUCCACGAGAUACGAACUUAUCCUAUUUUCCGUAGAUCGUACGUGAUAUAAUUUUAAUUUAUUCAAUUGCCCCUGUAAUUACGGUUUUUGUAAUAUUAUAUCUGCCAGCCUUUGUCUUUCGUACGUUACCUAAAACCGCAUCAUUGACAUAUAGAUUAAAUGAUUUUCCUUUUUUUUUUUUAGCUCGGUUGAUUUAAUUGUGAAAGCAUGGUCGGCUAGUUCGUUCCUCUUGCUUCUCCAAGAGUCAUACCGUUGCAGUAAUAAAGGUACAAUUACAUCCAACCAAAGAGGAUAGAGUUAAAUCCGCAAUAGGUUGUCUCUUGUUAGGUAAAAUAAUUAGACUGUAAAUGUUUAUGCAAGUAUAAAUUUUCAUGAGAGAUAGAAAAAUAAAGCUGAAAUCGAAACAUGGCUUAUCAGUGGAAUACAAAUUCUACAUCUGUAGAAUGAAAUAAGUUUCGAUUUAUUUAUUUUUCUAUCUUACCCUUAUUGAUAUACGUAUUUACACAAACACCUGCAGUCCAAUGGUGAUGCAUUCAUUGCAAUGCAAUGAGGUAAGGCGAAAUUACAGCGAACGAAUUGCAAAUAGUUCUAAGCGUAUUUUUUUGUUUAGCCAAAUGUGAUCUAUAGCACGGAGAAAAAUUGACAAGUUUAGUAGAAGAAUUUAGGACCUUAGGUGUUGUAUAGAUUUUGUAUUCCUGUUUGAGAACGCAUCUUCGUUUAAUGAUCAUUUCGAUGUAUAAUAUACAUAUUACGCUACAUGUAGUCAUAUUGUAUAUUUGUAAUUGUUAAAUAUUUAAUUUGUAGCAUUAUAUUCAUUUUGUUAUAAUCCAUUAUUUCUAGUACAAAUAAAUCCAGUCUUUUUAUAAUUCCUUUUAGUUUUGUUUAUGUAAUGUAAUGUUAUAAUUUGUUUAUUUAAUGUAUUAUUAUAGCUAUUUUUCAUAAUAAUGAAAACUGAAUUCUCCAUUUUUCAAUAUAUAUAAGUUUAAAUUUGAAAACUCUCGAGGUAAUAUUACGUAAAAAAACAUGAACGUGUUUCGUACAAUUGGAAUUGUUAGGUCCGAUUAUCUCCUUACUAAAUAAAGUUAAUUUCCACACGAUUGGAGACAUAUUCGAUAGUUAUUUUGUAUGCAAUAUGAUAAUGUUAAAAUUAGCGUUAUAUACGGAAUGAUGUCUAUCGAUUAAGCUUUGUCGAUAACAAUUACCUGUUUAAGAUGAUCUCAUCCUCAUGAUGUAAUAUGUUCCAUUAGAUUCAGUUUACUAAAUUCUUAUUCUAGCUGUAUUAGCACGUCGCUACGCUUCUAUAUGUAAUAAAUGUAUGUCCUUUGAAAUCAUAAACAAUAAAAACCACAAAAAAUGGCUGCUUCAUCGUAA